AUGUUCCUGGAGUCGACAAUCCCGCUGACGACAUCCCGAGGAUUGAGUCCUACCGACAUCCUCAACAGUACACGAUGGUGGACUGGGACACCGUGGCUAUCAAGGUCUCCGGAUUUUUGGCCAAAUCCAACGUUGCCCGCAGCAGAAACUCCUGAAGUGUCCGCCGAAGGACGCAAGAUACCACUAGUUGCCAUGACCACGACACAACUGAGUUUCUGCACCGAUUUAUUCGCUCGCUACUCCAACUUCUCCAAGCUGCGCCGAGUGACAGCGUUCAUUCAGCGUUAUCUGCACCUGCUUCGUGAACGAGUAUCGCAACGUCGUUCGGAAAAGGAGAAGUACAAGCCACUCGUCAUCCCGAGCAUUAACCCGCACCCAGUCCACCCGCUUACCGCACAAGAACUCCAACACGCCGAACUUACGCUCUGUCAUCUCGCGCAGGGUGAACUUUUCGCUGAGGAGAUUUCCGAUCUCGCUGGUGGCGAACGUGUAGCAAGAUCUUCCACGCUGAAGUGGUUGAACCCGUUCGUCGAUCCCGAAGGCACCGUACGUGUCGGUGGCCGGCUUCGCAAUGCCGCGCUGACCGAUGCAAAGAAACACCCGAUCGUCCUCUCUGCCAAGCAUCCGCUCGCUGUUCUGUUGGCUAGUUUUUAUCAUUUGAAGCUACUGCACGCAGGCCCUCAACUCCUGCUAGCCACUCUCCGCCAGAAGUUUUGGAUUCUGGGCGGCAGAAAUCUUGUGAAAUCCGUCUUUCACCGUUGCCACACUUGCUUCCGUAGCAAGCCCACACUAGUCCAGCAGAGCACAGCAGAUCUUCCGGCAUCGAGAGUAUCUCCAACCCGACCGUUUUCCGUCUGUGGAGUCGACUAUUGCGGACCGUUCUAUUUGAAGUCCGCCGUCCGCAACCGUGGCCCAACCAAGGUGUACGUGGCCAUAUUCGUCUGCUUCUCUACGAAGGCAGUUCACAUCGAGCUAGUGAGCGACCUGUCUACUCCAGCGUUCCUAGCUGCACUCCGUCGUCUGGUCGCCCGCAGAGGAAAGGUGGUAGAGUUGCACUCUGACAACGCUACCGCUUUCAAAGGUGCAUCGAAUGCACUGAACCGCAUCUACCGCAUGCUGAAUGUCGAUGAGUUUGAUCGGAAUCAGAUCUUCGACUGGUGCUCCGACAACGAAAUUCGCUGGAAGUUCAUCCCACCUCGGGCACCACACUUUGGCGGUCUUUGGGAGGCCGCAGUGAAAUCAGCGAAAACACACCUGCUGAAGGCAAUCGGCAACGUAAACGUUGCGUACGAGGACAUGAUCACACUGCUGGCGCAGAUAGAGAUGUGCCUCAAUUCUCGUCCGCUGACUCCAAUGCCGGACGAUCCGUCCGAUCUCGAGGUCGUUACGCCAGGACAUUUUCUCGUCGGGAGUAAUCUCCAAGCUGUUCCCGAAGUUGAUCUGAAGGAGACUCCUGACAACCGCUUGGACCACUGGGAAUUAACUCAGAAACGGUUCCAAACCAUCUGGUCUCGCUGGUACCCGGAAUACCUGCAACAGCUGCAGUCCCGUGCAACGAAGGGUUGCAACCCGCCUGUCUCCGUCGACGUUGGCAGAAUCGUCAUCGUGAAGGAAGACAACAUCCCGCCAACCAAUUGGCCUCUCGGCCAAAUCAUCAAAUGUCAUCCCGGAGCCGAUGGCAUCGUUCGUGUGGUCACGCUACGAACCGCUGCAGCCAAGGAGGUUGUGCGUCCCGUGGCCAGAAUCGCUCUACUACCGACACCACCGGAAACUCAACGAGCCGACUGA